AUGCCCGGAGCGGCUGCAGGGACGGCGGCUACAGGAGCAGGCUCGUCAGGAGCGAUAGCAGCGGGGAUGCUCCCAGCUCAGGAGGCGGCCAAGAUCUACCACACCAACUACGUGCGGAACUCGCGGGCCAUCGGCGUGCUCUGGGCCAUCUUCACCAUCUGCUUUGCCAUCGUCAACGUGGUGUGCUUCAUCCAGCCGUACUGGAUCGGGGACGGCGUGGACACCCCGCAGGCGGGCUACUUCGGGCUCUUCCACUACUGCAUCGGCAACGGCUUCAGCCGGGAACUCACCUGCCGGGGCAGCUUCACGGACUUCUCCAGCCUGCCCUCGGGAGCCUUCAAAGCUGCGUCCUUCUUCAUCGGGCUCUCGAUGAUGCUCAUCAUCGCCUGCAUAGUCUGCUUCAUCCUCUUCUUCUUCUGCAACACAGCCACCGUCUACAAGAUCUGCGCCUGGAUGCAGCUGACCUCGGCUGCCUGUCUCGUCCUGGGUUGUAUGAUUUUUCCUGAUGGCUGGGAUUCAGAUGAGGUAAAACGGAUGUGUGGUGAAAAGACAGACAAGUACACGCUGGGGGCUUGUUCAGUCCGCUGGGCGUAUAUCCUGGCAAUUAUUGGAAUCUUGGAUGCCCUGAUCCUCUCAUUUCUGGCUUUUGUGCUUGGAAACAGACAAGACAGCUUGCUAGCAGAGGAGCUCAAGUUGGAAAACAAAGUCCUACUAAGCCAAUCCUCACUAGAAUGAGCACAAAACAAAUGAAUAACAGCUUUUGUACAUCAACAUUAAAAUGGGAAGAAGCUUGGGAAAGGGCCUCCAACAGAGAAGAAUGCUGACAAGUGCAAAAAUGCCUGAUGGAUAAGCACCACCUUCUAAACAUAGAUCAGCCAGACAUGGAAGUGAUUUCAGAAGAGAAAUGCAAUCAUGGAUUACACACCAGCUCAUUAGAAACUGUUGAUGAAUACAGCAUCCAGAAGACAUGCAUGAAAAGUC